AUGGGCCCCACCCCUGUACUGGCCCCACCCCCGUGGGGAGUCAUCCCGCCCCCUGCGGCUCUGGCCCCGCCCCCCAGGAGCCGCAUUGGCCUGUCCCAGACUCUGCAGAGCGGUCAGGCCGCCCUGACCACGGCCCCGCCCCGCAUCCCGACCCACCCACUGUGGCUCUGGCCCCGCCCCCGAGGCGCCCUAUUGGCCCCGUCGGGCACUCUGCCCCCCAUCUCGCAAUGGCAGAGCCGCGGACGCGCGCGGGGAGACCAGAGCAGGCGGCGGCGAGCGGGGCGCGGGGCCAUACGCGGCGGCCUGUGGCUGGGCCUGGCGUGGCUACUGCUGGCACGGGCGCCCGGCGCCGCGGGUACCCCGAACAGUCCGCGGAGACCGCGCAGCUACACGCAUCUGGAGAGCGACGUGCGCUGGCGGCGCCUCUUCUCCUCCACCCACUUCUUCCUGUGUGUGGAACCCAGCGGCCACGUGCAGGGCACCCUCUGGCGCGACAGCCCUGACAGCGUCUUCUUCGAGAUGCGCUCCAUCCGCGUGGGCGUCGUGGCGCUCAAGGCCGUGAACACCGGCUUUUACGUGGCCAUGAACCGCCGCGGCCGCCACUCCCGGUCGGUGAGUGCAAGUGCGCAGGGCGGGCUGGGGUGCGUGGGGCGCGCCCGGUGGGGGCGUGUCCAGAGGCGUGCCCAGGGCCGCUCACAGCCCGCCCCGAAGCGCGUCUGCGCUACGUUCCGGGAGUGCAUCGAGGAGAACGGCUACAACACCUACGAGUCCGUGCCCUGGCGCCACCACGGCCGGCCCAUGUUCCUGGCGUUGGACGGGCGGGGGGCCCCGAGGCGCGGGGUCCGCACGCAGAGACACCACCCGUCCACGCAUUUCCUGCCCGUCCUGGUCUCCUAAGGCCCAGGAUCCAUGAGUGACGGCUGGACCGAGAUUCUAGGAGGCGCGCGAGCCGGGCGGGCGACUGAAGACCGAGGCCGGGGAAGGCCCGGUCCGGGCGAGCCUGUGCCUGGUUACUCACUGGUUUCACAUGCGUUGAGCGCCUGCUGUGCUGGGCACUGGGGACACCGCCGGACCCCACAGACGCGGCCGGCCCUCAGGGAGCCCCUGAGUCUGAGGGGACACUGAGCUGAGCAGGGGCCAUAGGAGUCCAGUCACAAGCUGGAGGGCAGGGAGGCUUCGACAAAAGCACCUGCCAGGCUGGAGACGGGGACUCAGCCACGCGGGGGCCAGGUCUGGGAGGGCAUUCCAGGCCGGGCACAGCCAAGCGAAGGCUCGGACCUGGGAACUCAUUGGGGUGCCUGAGGCAGCGAGGUGAGGGAGGCUGGGGGACACCGACCCGCCAUAGACUGGCAGGGCCUGGUGCUGGGCCUCCGAGCACGUGUCACCUCACGGGGCAGAGGGGACUUCGUAGGUGGGAUUAAGCUAAGGUCCCUGAGACGGGGACGACCCUGGAUUUCCCGAAGGGCCCAGCGUCAUCCCAGGGUCCUUAUAAGAGGGAGGUGGGAGGGUCAGAGGCAGAGAGAGAUGGGAGAUGCUGCGCUGCUGGCCGUGAGGAUGCAGGAGGGGCCGUGAGCCAGGGAUGCGGUGCCUCUAGAAGCUGGAAAAGGCGGAACCAAUGCUGCCCUGGAGCCUCGGGAAGGACCCGCCCUGCCCACGCCUGCAUUUAGCCCCUAAAAUGCAAAUUGUGACCCCAGGACUGAGAUGAUAAGCGUGUUGUUUUAAGUCACCAGGUUUUGGUGAGCUGUCACAGCUGCCCUUGGAGACACGAACACGGUGUCCUCAGAGCCCCUCAGAUCCGGCAGGGUGUACAGGCUGGGGUGGGGGUGGGGUGCGAUCAGCCUCCUGGGGGUUUAUCUUCCUCUGAGUUGCAGGGGUGGAGCCAAGAGGGUGCAGGGGAGGCUCCCACCCCUCCCAGCAGCCACCUUCCACUUCAGAGACGGAAGACCAAUAUGGGGGGCACUUCCCAGGGCACAGGCUGGACGCUCACCGGCCGAGGCAGCCGUGUGACCCUGAUGGGGGACAGCCUGUGGAUGACACGCCAGCCGCGGGGGCUCGGCCAGCUCACCUCCCCGGCCCGGAGCUGCGCCCCCCGAUGCACACAAGUAACACGCCAACCACCUGCUUUUCUUUCUAAGUAGAUGUAUUUUUAAAUAGCUUUCAA